AUUUUAAAGAUGUCUGCGCCCAUCAUUACAAUUUCCGCCACUGCUCAUAAGCUAGACGCUUGAUUAGGAUAAAGAAAAAGCCCCAAAAUAUUGUCAGAAAAAGAUACUCGUAAUGAGUAAAGCCGAAGAGCGAGCUAAUAGACGUAAAGCAUGGUGGGAUAAACAUAGGAAAAAAGCAGAUGGGAUGUUCAAAGAAGAGCCCGAUGACACAGUUGCUGCAGUCAGUCCAGUGGAGCAGAAUGGGAAUAAUUUAUGUAUAAAGAUUCAAUCUAAAGACCAAGAGGAUCAAGAUGUUAAAUCUGAAGAUAAGAUUGAUGCUCAAAAUGAUAAUAAAUCAGAGAGUCAAGCUGUUGCAGAGGAGGAUUCUGAAAGACCCGCCAAGAAACGAAGAAGAAACAAAAAAUCAAAAAAUAAAGACAAAGUAUCCAAUCUUCUAGAAACAAAGCAAGAAUCUGAGAACAAUGAGAAAGAGUUGGACAAAUCAGAGAAAGAUAGCAAAGAAACUGCUAAGAAGCCUGAAAAGAAAGCACAAAAGAAAAGUUAUGUUCUCUUUGUUGGAAACUUACCAUAUAAUGUCACUAAGCAACAACUAGAAGAGCACUUCAUCAGAACAGGGGGUGUCAAGACUAUAAGACUUCCUACUGAAAAGACAACUGGUAAACCUAGGGGCUUUGCUUACAUAGAAUUCAAAAACAACAAGGCAUUUAUGUUUGCCUUGAUGCUUCACCACACAGAACUUUUGGGACGACAAAUAAAUGUGGAGUUCACGUCAAUUGGAGGGAAUAAUAAAAACCGUAAAGAUAGAUUGAAACUAAAAAAUGAAGCCAUGGCAAAAUACAAACUGAGACCAGAUGAAAUAUAUAAACCACCUACUAAAAAGAACUUCAGCAAAAAGUUUAAACAAUAGUGAAAUUACAAAUAACAAUCCAACAAGCAUUGGAAAUGGUAGUACAAAUGCAUAACUUUGCAGUACUGACAGGCUGAGAGGACUUCAUUCUGGAUUUUCUCAUGGAAAGGCUCCAAUGAAAAUAAAUGGCUCAUUUUGUAUGUUUACCCUCAUAAUGUACUUUCAAUAAAGUACCAUUGGGUAUUAUUAUCCAACAAAACGAGGUCUGUUGUUUCAUUUAUUUUUCCAUCGAUGUGAUAACCUCAAUUCAAAGAAUACUUUACUGAUACUGAUGAAAAAUGUUUUUAAAAACUCCUUGGGAAAGAGCAUAAAUCUCUUGAUAUUACUUGGAAAAAUAUUAUACUUCUGCACCAAAAUCAGUUAUUCCCAUCCUUCAGCCCUUUGAUCAUUUUAGGUAAAAAUCAGAAGUUUUGCUUUAACUUGAAUACCAUUUGACAGGUUUUAUAACACCCUUGGUUUGUGUAGCUUUCGAUAAUGGACCAGACCACUGCGAUAGUAUAACUGGUGUGAUGCCAACACUUGUUUGCGAAUUAAGUUAC